AUGUCAAUCAAACAACCGUUUAAUUUCUUGGCCAAUUUUUCAUCAUUACCUCCAGAAAUUUAUCAGCACAUUCUCUCCUUUGCAAUUGAUCCAAAACUAUUCCGAUCAAAACAUGAAACUCAUUCCGAUAUUGUUUUUAUAGCCAAUUUUCAAUCACUUUCCAAAAAGAUUUCUCACUCGAAGGAAAUGCAAGAUUAUUUCAAUGAUUUUUGGUGGAGAGUUUACGAAUGUCAGGGGUCAAUAUCUAGGAAAUCACUUCAUGAUUUGGAAUUAAUUAAAAUUGAUUUGAUGAAGAGAGGAGAAUUGCGGAGAAAAGUUAUCCUUGCCAGAUUUAUUAAAUUUCAAACGGUGAAAGGUACUUUAAAGAAUGCAAAGAAUGGUGCAGCUGAGGAAUAUAGAAUGGUGGUGAUUGGAGAGGAGGGAGUUGGAAAAUCAGCUCUCACUAUUUUUUAUGUUGUGAAUAUCUUUGUGGAUCUAUAUGAUCCUACGAUAGAAGAUUCGUAUAGGAAAGUAGCACAGGUGGAUAACCGAGUUGCUUUAUUGGAAAUUAUGGAUACAGCUGGUAAUCAAGAUUUUGAGGCUUUUAAACAGAAUUAUACAACAUUUGGAAACUGUUUUGUUGCUGUUUGUUCUGUGGAUAAUUUGGAAACAGUGAAGGCACUCAGACACAGAGUGGAAUACAUCAUCAAGAUUAAGGAAAGACCAGUGAAUGAUACACCUAUUGUAUUUGUAAUUAAUAAGGUUGAUUUAUUGGAAACAAAUAGAGACGAAACUUUGAACGAGUUCAAAAAGGAAAUUAAUUUAAUUAUUAAGGAAUUUUCACUGUUGAAUACAAGUAUUGUGGAAAGUAGUGCCAAAAAAGGAGAAAAUAUUAAUUUGAUAUUUGAGGAAGGUGUAAGAAUGGAGAGAUUUUAUAGAGUUGAUAGUUUGCCAAUUUUACAAAACGUAAUUUCCAAAGAUUCAGCACUUCUGCAAGAAAUUAAACCAAGCAAAAGGUGUUUUAUAAUGUAAUUAUUGUGGUAUUUUUCUGAAAUACUCAAAACUCCUUCAUCACCAAUUUCACUGAUUAUCAUUCAUGUCCAAUAUUAUUUCCAUUAAUAUUUAGAUCAGUCAAUUGUUUAAGUUGACUGAUGUAUAGAACUUCCAAAUUUCAAUAUUAUUCACAGGUUUGGUUAAUUAGUUCAUUACACUAAACAUUAACCAAUAUUUGGUAAAAAUCCAUGUGUUUCUUCUAAAAUUAGUAUAUCAUCAAGUUAGUAAAAUUUCUACAUCUGAAAACCAUUGAGAAUUAUUUAACAAUCUUGCAAAAAGUCUUUCCUUAUUGAUUUCUGUUGUUUGAAUAGCACAUAAAUGCCAUCCAGCACAAUAAAUAUCAUUAAUUCCAAAUAAGUUUUUAGAAACAAGCCAUGGCGUUCCAUUACCUGCAUGGACUAUUCUAUUCUUACACACAGUUCCUGUACUUCCAGUAAAUCUACCAACUAUAAGAAUAUGACUUUCUGUAAGAAGAGCAGUAUAAGUAGAUCCACAUCCAAUCCGCAACACUCUUGAAUGAUACAUUGUUGGUGGAAUAAUUUCAACAAAUUGUCUAACAAUAUUCGAUUGAUCUG